GCAACAGUAACUAUGAAUGUAAUGUAAUUAAUCCUUUAUAGUCAAUGUUUCCAAAGACUAGUUUCCCCAAGAGACAAAUAUACAGUGCACCUCAACAAAAAGUAGUGUUACUUUCUGUAAUUACACUAAUAAUGUUUUGUUUGUGAGGAGACAAAAUAUCAAUUUGUACAGAUCGUUAUUGCUGUGCAUAAAUAACCAAACUGAUAGUUUUUAAUUUCGUACCUCUAGAUCUGGAGAUUGAAGCUCACUUAGAUCAACUUCAUCCUUGAAUCCAUGGAAUAAACAACACUGGAUUUUUUCUAAAACUUUUUUGCAAGACUGGAUUUGCCAAAAGCAUUUUGAAAGAUGGAGAAAGACAAAACUGAGGCGGUAGACAAGGAUGAAGAUCCACCACCAGACAGUCCAUUGAUAUCCACAUUUGUAACAAACCCAGAGGAGCAGGAAGAGUCAGUGCUUGUUUCUGAAGUUAAUCAAAGUGAAAUAUCAGAUGAAGGAAAAGUGUCAGUUAUAGAGAUUAAUGAAAAUCCAGCCUUACUAAUCCUUGACAGUCUUUGCAAUUCUGGAAAAAUUUCUUCAACAAAAGCAGCAUACUUUAAAGAGAAGUAUUUGAAAAUGCAACAACUUCUAAGUCAAUCUAGCUCCAACGUAUCAAAAUUGUAUGAAGAAUGUUCUGACUAUCUCAGUACUCAACAAGAACUGAUGCAAAAACUUGAAGAUGCUAAUAAAUAUCCAAAGAAUAUUGCUGUGUCAACAGAAAUUACUAGCUUACGAGAAUCCUUUUUGAGUGCCAGUAACAAAUAUGCAGAAGUAAAAGAACGUUUAGUUCAUUAUGAAUUCAAAAUUGAAUGUAUUUUUCAUUCAUUUUCCUAUGCUAGUCUGUUUGGAUUUGUUUUUCUUAUUAAAGCAACAUUUUAUAGAAAAGAAAGUUUCUUAGAAUAUACAAUUCCUCAUAGCUUAUUUUUUGUCUUUGAUUUCAUUACAAUCACUCAGAUGGAGCUUUAUCAAAUAGCAUCUCAGCCAAAUCAAAUUGCAAAAGAAGCAGAUAAGAUUUCCAGAAAGAUACAAGAGAUUGAAAAGAAAAAAAUGGUUGUACAGCUUGAGUUUGAUGAAUGUUUUGAGACUCUGAGAAGUUUAGAGAGUAUAAGUUUGGAACGAGACAAAGAAAAGCAGAAUCUAGUUGAAAGUCUUCAGAAGACUUCCUUAUCAAAAUUAGAAAUAGAGAAAAACAUAUAUGCACUGAAGAGCUCCCUUGAACAAGUAAAAGAUAGACUAGCACAAAAGUGUACAGAAAAAGAUGAAGUUGAUAUUUCCAUUCAACAAAUGUUAAAUGAGAAACAAAGGAGGUUAGAAUAUGUAACCAUCAUGUCUCGAAAUAUUGAAAAGGACCAGCGUGAACUGAAGAAAGCAGAGUUGCAGGUGAAAAUUGCAAAAGAUAACUUAAACCAUUUACGGCAUAUCUUGAAUAAAAUUUCUCAGCAGAAAGAAUCAGUCCCAAUUGAUGAUGAAAAUAGAGCCAAAAAAAUACAAGAUUUGAAAGCAGAAAAUGAAAUAAAGUCACAACAGCUAAGUUCACAGAACAGACUAAUGGCAACAGAAAAUAUCAAGUUUGACAAAAAUGUUCAACAUGAACAAGAAUUGUUGCAUGAAUACUUUGAAGGGGAUUUAGAACUGCAAGAAUUGAGUCGACUUGCAAUCCUGAAGACUAUUGAGCGGGACAAAAAAGCCCGAGAAAAAAAUCGAGCUGACAACCGAUAUCGAUGUAUAAAGGAGGAAUUAAAAGCAAAAUAUGGUCUUAUUGAUGAUCAUAAGAAGAAGUUGAGAGAAAAAAAGAAAAGACUAAAGGUUUUUGCCCAGAAAUAUGAAAGCAUGAAAACUGACCGGAACAAGUAUGUAACCCUCAUCCAGAGUAGUACACAAAAGACCAGUGAACUGAGACAGAAGAUAAAAAUCAUACAGAAUGAAAUGGAGAUCCUCCGAACAGCAGUUGUGCUGAAAGACAAACAACUUCAUAAAGAGCGACUAAAACACAUGCAGAAUGUCAUGCUACGUGAUGCCCUGCGUGAAGACAUAGAUAGACAUCAUCGGAAGGUAAUUGACUUGGAAGAGCAAUGUGAACAACAAAAAAUAGAGAUAAGGAAGUUUAAUUACAUGAUUAACCAAACUGAAGAACAUAUGAUCAAGCUGAGAAAGAGAUAUGAAAAUGCCAUUCAAGAACGUAACAAAAAGGGUGAAUGGUUAAUUAAAAUAAACUCAGAAGUAUGUUUAUUUUAUGAAAAAUUCAAUGUCCAGAUUUUCUCAUAUUUGAUCCUAUGUAAACCUGCAGUUCUUUCUUUUAGUGAAUGGGAAAUUAAAUGUAAGAAAAUGGCAAAGAGCGUUGUGGAGAGAGACAAUGAGAAAUAUCUGCGUUUCCUUGAUGGAGAUGAUCCUUCUCCUCUUGAAUUGUCACAGAAAAUUGAAAAGCUGGAAGUCCGAUUGUCUAAUAUGGAGAAACAGCUGAUGGAAAAAGAGCUCCUGAUAAAUCAAGUGACUCAUCUUCUGGAAAGAACUAAACAGAAGGCUGAUACAGGAAAAGAUGAUACAUUGAAGCUUGCUAAAAGUAUUAAUGAGAUGCAGCGCAAGAUUAAAGAAACCACUCGCAAAAUGAUGUCUCUGACUGCUGAGCUGUCCAUGAACCAAGCAAAUGCAAUGAUGUUAAAUCAUGAACUGAAACAAGAAGAAGACUUAAUAGGACAGUGUUAUGCCCGAAUGGCACAAGGAGAAGCACCAUCUGAGGCAAUAGAACAGGAAUGGUUGAAAAAGAAAAAUGAGGAACAACAGCAAAAGAAUAGAUUACUAGAAAAGCAAUGGUUGGAGGAAGAAGAAGUACACCUCAGAAAAGUUGGAAGUACUUUAACAACUGCAGAACAAAGACCAAAUGCCUAUAUGCCAGAUAUUGGCUGUGAUCUUCCUGUUCCAAGGCCUUAUGGCAAACAUGCACCAUUUAAACCACAAGAACCUGGUUCAAAUAUGCGAUACAUUCGUAAACCAAACCCAGUACUUAUUGAUAUCUAAACAAACAUUUAAUUUUGAAAUGUCUCUACAGUCACUAUAUAUAUUACUUUAUCAAAUAGUAUAUAUGUACACUAUAUAUUGAAUGAAAUCAUAGAAUUCUAUUCUUGAAAUGAACAAGAACAAGAAGGAUUAUAUUAUUAAAGCUUUAAAAGUAUCUCAUUAAAUCAUUAAAUAUUAAAAAUAGUGAGCGUGUAUUAUUGCAAAUUUAUAGUGGAUGGAAGCAGUUUUGGGACUAUUUGACUUCAAUGACAAUUCUCUCUACAUAAACUACAACAUUUUGGGAGCCAUUUUGUGGUGGCUUGCUUUGUUAGAAAUAAUAGCCAAAUAUCUCUCAAAUCACACUCCAUGACUAUAAAAAGAAAGAAGGGAGGGCACAUUGAAUUUGUUGUCCUAGAUACACCAUUCCUGUGCACAUACAUUUUAACAAAGCAUGCAAAAGUUGACAUACACAUAUCACCUAUGUGAAUAUGUAUAUACAUGUCUAUGUACACUCUAUACAUAUUUUUUUUGUGAUAUCAGUCCAUCAGUUUCUUGGACAUGCACAUUCAUAUAAGCAGAAUAAUUGGUUACCUUUGUUCCUGCACCUGAAGAAAUGUAAUACUUGCUACGUUGUAUUAUCAUUUCCAGAAAUAUAGCUCAUAAAGGCUGAAGUCAGGUAAAAUCAAAUGAAGAAAAAAAAAAUAAAACAAAACUAUAAAGUACAAGGGAAAGAAAAUAUAGGGCUAGAGGAUGUUUUGAGCUGUAGAAAUAAGGCAAAAAUAUUUCAAAGAGGUUUACAUCAGGGUUUAUCAAUUACUCAGUGUUAGAGACUUUGCUUCACAGGUAGACCUAAAAAUAAUGCAUGGGUAGAAAGUUAUAAGGACUUAGCUCAUCUCCAUUAUAGUAUGGGUGAUGGGUAUAUUCCCAAAGGAUCUCGACGUAUUCAGUCUUUUCCAGCAAAGUCAAUGUUCAAAUGUAGGACUCCUAGAACAAUUAUUUAACUACAUGUCACUUGGGCAAUAGGUUUAAUGAUCCUAAGACAGCUCUAGAAUGUUCUGAAGUAAUAAAGAUGAGUUUGCAUAUAGCAUCAUAGUUUAUACAUCUUUUGGUGGAGUUAGGAAACAUGGAGAGUGAGGUGACAUUGAAGUUGGCUUGAACUAUUGGAACUCUCCAAAGAUGCCUCUUUAUUCCUCUAAGGAAUUCUUAAGCCCUAGUGUCAGAUCCAAUUGGUUUACAGAAAGAUAGGUAUAUAUAGCAAUGUUGUUACACCAAUGUAGGACUAUCCCCAUGUUGUACUUCUUAGUAUAUUAUUUAACAUCCACCAACUUAUAAAAUUCUCAAGAAUGCCUUCUGUAUAUAAAAACAAGUAGUGAAGGGAAUCCUAAUAUACUAAAUAUAGUGAGCCUAGAAAAUUUUUAUUAAUUAAAAUUGCACUUGUACUUGUUGGGUGAAAAAAGAAAAAGAAAGUCAUUAUCUUAAUUCAUUCUAGUCAUAGAAUAUAAGGGAGACAAGUCCUGAAAUUAAAUUAAAUAUAGAAUGUAGUGCAGUAAAACUUCAAGAUAUGUUUUAAUGUUAUUAGAUAUCAUCAGUGAAACAUUAACUAUUAUUGCAGGUCUUAGUUUGAUUUGAAAGGUAACUUACCAAGUGUGGCAAUUUUUAUUUCUAUGAAAAUUAAGUCAAGUUGGCUCUGUUUGGCUGAACGGUGAAAGCUUCAUGAAAUUAGGUAAAUUUUUCUAACUUGCAUGGCUAAAAAAAAAAAAAAAAUUUCAAAUAUAUUGCUAUGUUUACAUGAAAUUUAACCUGGUGGUGAUGCUUUCUAAUGGUGAGUCUUUAUGUCCACAUAGAGUAGGCUCAAGAUAAUUUCAGACAAUGAUGUUCCAUUUAUAUGAUUUCAUUGAGGCUCUUAAGUCAGCAAUAUUAGCUCAGUACUAGAUGUACCCAUGACCCAUUGGGUCACAACCACUCUAAGUUGAAAAUGUCAAUGUGUGGCAGCAAAGGAAAAGACACUAUUUUGAACUUCAUUCAAUAAAAUUCUUAAAUAA